AUGUCGUGGCAUCCGGGCGGGCCUGUUGGCAACCCUUACGCUGGCGAAGGCUUCUCUGGACGCAACAAGCAUUCUGCUAACGGUGGACCCUCCGGCGUUCAGAGAUCGUACGCUUCUCAGCUCCAGGAAAAGGAGUCACUCUUUACUACUUACGAGCACUUGAACGGCCUAGAACGAGGAGACGCUGCUCUCACAAUGUUGCGGAAGGUCGCGUCGAUCGUCAAGCCGAUCAUGCGGAAGCGAGGCUGGCGUGUGCAGGUCCUUGCAGAAUUCCUUCCGCCAGAAAAUAAUCUACUUGGCCUGAAUAUCAACAAAGGCUACAAGAUUUGCCUCCGUCUUCGUUAUCACAACAAUUCAGAUCUAUUUCUUCCGCUGGAGGAUGUGGUCGACACUUUGCUCCAUGAGCUUUCUCACAAUGUCUGGGGAGAGCAUGAUUCCAACUUUCACAAGCUCUGGGAUGAGCUACGCGACGAACACGAGGCGCUGAUACGGAAAGGCUACACUGGUGAGGGAUUCAUGUCGGAGGGCAAGCGAUUGGGCGGUAGUGGUGGAUACCAGCGACCAUUGCCAUUGCAGGAGAUGCGCCAGCGCGCACGUGCAAAUGCUGAGAAGCGUAAGGCCAAAGGGACCCUAAGCCAAGACUCCGGGCAGAGACUCGGUGGAACGCCUUUGCAUCUGCAGGGCGACGUGAGAAACAUCAUCGCGGAUCAGGUAACUCGACGGAACACGACCAACAAGGGCUGUGGUUCUGGAAGGAAAGAUGCAGACAAACUUUCUCAGCAAGCUGCGCAAAAUUCCUUCGCAAGCCGAGCCGAAGAAGACGAUGCGAACAACCGCGCAAUCAGUCGAGCACUGGAGGAACUGAUGGAAGAAGAGGAAGCACAGAAGCUGAAUGGCACUUUCAAGGGUUCCUCCAGUGAAGGGCUGGAUUGGAGUCCUGAGCAUGGGCUGUACAACGCCGGCAUGAAGAUGCCACCGCACUCAGAUGACCAUGGGAAACAGCCGAGCGAGGAGGAGCAAAUGAAAUGGGCUCUUGAAGAGAGCUUAGGAAUGGGGCCAGCGAGCAGCUCAGCUUCGAUGAAGCGGGGAUAUCCUGGCGCGGAACGCCCUGAGCAACAUCUGAAUUCGACAUGCAAGACCAUCAAAGACGAGAUGAUCAAUAAGCCGACUACAAAGGCUGAAUCAGAAGAAUUCAUCGAUCUUACUAGCAUGCCGGAUGACGCUGCGGUAGACCAGUGGGCUUGUGAAGUCUGUACUCUUGUCAACCCAAUUCAGUUUCUAUCCUGCGAUGCUUGCGGCGUUGAAAGACCGCAGUCAGUGAUGGCCAAGACGAAAGGGCGAGGGCAGCCACCCGCGAGGCCGCCGCGAGCCAAAACGGAGGCUCAGUCGAAGCCAAGACGAAAGAUACCAGAGGCACCCAAGCAGCCUGAGAGUAUGGGAUGGAAUUGCACAAACUGCCGUGCGUUCAUGGAGCACAAGUGGUGGACAUGCUCGGCCUGCGGGGUUAUGAAGAUAGCCUCCUAG